GUCAACAAAUUCGUAAACUCAUCAUCUUUGUAAUUUCUGAGCUGCCAUAGUUUUCGGAUUUUGGACGCUAGAACUCGGCGUGAAUCGUUUCCCUGGGAUAAUUUUCGAUUUCUGUAACAUCCGCUGCUGUCAGUAAAGUAUUUUCAGCGAUUCUGCAGUUAAGAAACCUGAGGAAAUUAUGUACCCAAUGUCCAGUGUGAACGCCGGACCGUUCUGGGGCAACGGUCCCAGCCCGGGAGCAUUCUACAACUUCCCGGGGUCCAGCGCUAGCGCUGGUGGAGCCGUCUCCGCCCGCAGCGAAACCCCUGGCGAGUUCGGCACGCAGCGUUCCUACACUCCGGUCACCACCGGAACGUCCGUCGUGGGCCUGAAGUUUGCCAACGGUGUCAUCAUCACCGCCGACAAGCUGGUCUCGUACGGAUCGCUGGCCCGGUUCCACGACGUGGACCGUGUCUACAAGGUGAACGACAAGACCAUCAUCGGCAUCGGGGGAGACUUUGCCGACUUCCAGUUCAUCAAGCGUCACAUCGACCAGAAAGUGGUUGACGACAUGUGCCUGGCGGACAAGAACGAGCUGAAGCCCAAGUCGCUGUACAACUGGCUGACCCGGGUGAUGUACAACCGCCGCAGCGAGUUCAAGCCCCUCUAUCUGGACAUUGUCGUCGGAGGCAUGCAGGACGGCGAGCCCUUCCUGGGCCAUGUGAAUCUGCGGGGUCGUGCCUACACCAGCAACGUAGUGGCCACCGGGUACGGAACGCAUUUGGCGCUGCCCCUGCUGCGCGAGUAUUCGGAGAACCCGACGGUGUACGCCGGUCUGGACAAGCAGAAGGCUACCGAGCUGGCCAAGAGCGUGAUGGAGGUGCUGUGGUACCGUGACUGCCGUAGCGAUCCCAAGUACUCCCAGGCCAUCUGCACCGCCGAGGGCGUCCAGGUGGACGGUCACUGCUUCGUCAAGCAGAACUGGAACCUGGCCACCAUGAUCAAGGGCUACUAAAAUCUUAUUUUAUACAUUCUCUCAUCGGAUAUUCAUUAAAUACAAGAAUUCUUUAAAAUACAA